AUGCCGUCGACGGCGCCCGCUGCGGCGGCGGCGGCGGCGCCCGCUGCGGUGGCGGCGGAUUCCGCCGCCACGGCGUCCACGGCGUCCACGGCGCUCGCGGCCUCCCCUCCGCCCAAGAUUGAGGUGAAGGUUUCGUGGCUCAAGCAGAAGCCCGUCGCGGGCAACCGGCAGCCGGUGCUCGAGUUUGACGAGCAGCAGCUGCACGCCUUCCCGCCGGAGACGACCACGUUUCGCCAGGUCAAGCACGAGUGCUCGUACCCGGCGCCGCCGCACAAGGUGCGGAUGUGGUGCUCGUCGUUCGGCGCGGCCGCUGACCUGCCGACGACGAUGGAGCUCAACGUCUUCAUCAACACCUUCGAGCUGAUCACCGAGGAGAAGCACACACUCUCGAUGGCGCACCUCACGGGCGGCGAGACCAUCGCCUUUGAGAUGGUGCAGGGGGAGCACGUCUCGGAGCUGUCUGGCUUCCUGCUCGGGGACCACGUCGGGCGAGCGAAGAAGGGGCAGGGCGGCGCGGCCAGCGGACAGGCGCAGCUCGUGCUGCCGGGCGGGGUCAACGCCCCCGCCGGCAUCCUGCAGCCGCUCGCGCAAGCACGCGCCGCCUCGGAGCUCAAGCAAAAGGUGGACGCGGCGGCGCAGCUCUCGAACCAGCUCGCUGCGGCGAGCGAUAGCCGGGACGAGCUGAUCGCCGAGGAGGAGGAGGAGAAGGCGAAGCGCGAGAAGAAGAAGGCGAAGAAGAAGGGCAAGAAGGACAAGCAGCGAGAGAAGAAGAAGGCGCUCCGAGAGGGGCGCGCGGCGGGCGGCGGAGGAGCGGCGUCUCUUCACACCUCGAGCUUGUGA